CGCGGCCGGUGUCACUGCAACACGUGCGAGUGUGACAUGGGCUACCAGCCGCCCCUGUGUGAGGACUGUCCUGGCUGCUCCUCGCCCUGCCCCAGGCAUAUCUCCUGUGCCGAGUGCCUGAAAUUCGGCUCGGGCCCUUUGGAGAAGAACUGCAGCACGGUGUGCGCGCCUCUGAAACUCGUGACCUCCGCUGUGCUGGGCAAGUCCUGCCGCGAGCGGGACUCCCAGGGCUGCUGGAUGACCUUCACCCUGCGGCAGAGGGACGGGAAAGACAGCCAUGACAUCCACGUGGAGGAUGCCCGAGAGUGCGUGGAGGGCCCCAACAUCGCCGCCAUCGUGGGGGGCACCGUGGCAGGCAUUGUGCUCAUCGGCAUCCUCCUCCUGGUCAUCUGGAAGGCCCUGACCCACCUGAGUGACCUCCGGGAGUACAGGCGCUUCGAGAAGGAGAGGAGCAAGUCCCAGUGGAACAAUGAUAACCCCCUGUUCAAGAGCGCCACCACCACCGUCAUGAACCCCAAGUUUGCUGACAGCUAGGAGCCUCUGGUGAAGACGAGGCCAUAGGGGUGCGCCUGAUGGGGCCCCUCCCGGCACAACCCCCGCACCCCACAGCCGGACACGUGUCGCCACGGAGCCGAGUCCUCCAUGUUCCUCCCGCCCCGGACACACGGCCAGAUGAUCCUAUGGGCGCAUCUUCAGGGACAGCUUCCUGUCUCUUCAGUCCAGUGAUACCGAGGAACAAAAGACUCCCCUAAGUUUCCCGAGGCCCAGCCAUGUCCCUGUGUUAACCUUAGCAUGGCAGCCUAAUCAAGGGCAGUGCAGAUUUAUUUAUAUUUGAAUUCACCAGGCUAUCAAACUACAUGCCACUGAUGAUUCUGUUAACCAAUCACGAAUAGAAAAUAAAUAAUAAGACCUCCAUCAGAGC